UGGGGGUGGGGGGAGAGAGAAUCGGACUCAUGUUAAGAAGAAGAAGAAAAUAUCAUUUCUAUAGCGCCUCUCAAGAUAAAAAUCACGAGGCGCUUAAGCAUAAUUCUGCGCACGAAGACGCAUAAGAGACCUGGAUGAUGAAGCUCAAUGGUUAAAGGAAUCACUGAAGCGGUGUGAAGCGCUCUGUCGCGCGUCUAGACGGUAUCUUUGUCAGAAUCAUCAGUAUUCUUGUUCAUUCUUCAGCUAAGGUGUCUUUCUUGUGCAGAAAACUCAUGUCAUGGUACAUUGAACAUUGCAGAUGCUAUGAAGUAUCUGAAACAACUGACAUUGAAAUUCUUGAGGAAGAAGAUCUUAAUGAUAUCCAUCCUCUUACGUCUUAUGUUAUUCAGGGAAAAGCUGUUGUCUCCCUGAAGAAGUUCCUCCUCCACCUUUAAGAUCAUGCUGUUUCGUGUCAUUGUGUCACCAGACAACAUCAGAAGGGUGGAUAUUUCGGAGAGCCUGUGUUCAGUAGAACAUUUAAAGAACAUUCUUCAAGAAUGCCUUGAACUUGCAGGUGAUAUUUUGAUUCAGUUUGAGGAUCCUGAUUUUGGGAAUGAACUGUGCAAUUUAACAGACAUUAAAGAACUUCCUAAAGACAAAGCAGUACUGAAGAUUUUGUAUCAAGGAGCAAUCCAACAAAGAGAUGAAUCUGCAUCCUCAAUUUCUUCCACGCCAUCUUUAAAUGACUUAGCUCCAUCAACCAGCAGAAGUCGGAGUUCAACCCUACAUCUUACACAGCGAGACAGUGGAAUGGAAAAUACUUUUUCCAUGAGGAGGAAGGAAAUAGUGGGAAAACAACCCUUUGUCUCUGAUGUGAUGAAUCGAUGGCUUGCGCUGUUCUUUGAAGAACAGAUAUGUGCUGAGUUUUUUCGAGUUACCCGGGUGGAGCUGAUGAAGACCUUCUUGUCAUCUCUGGAUGAACACUCUGCACAACUCAUAAAGCUGUACAGAUCGCGCUCUGGAAAACUUGACAAGGAGCUCAAGAACCUUCUAGAUAUAUUUGAUGAGAAGACGACCGAUGUACUUGAAUACAGAAAGUCUACAGCUCUUCGAGGUCUGCCUCUAUAUUUGAAGGAACAGUCUGAUGGGUUUCUAAAAACGUGUCUGGAUACUGACCCAGUGGAUGUGGCUGUCCAAGGCAUGGAACUUGGUAUUCUCACGGUUGUCGAAGAUGAUGUUGGAACAGUUAACUCAUUUCCAACAACAAGAAGCAUCGCCCUGAUUAUUGAGGAGCAGAUUGUCCUUGAUGACAUCAGCAGUUUCCCAACUGCAUUUGCACUUCUCUUCGGCCUCAUAUAUGCUCUUAACCUGGACUAUCCUAAGAACUUGAGGUACACUUUUGAGGCCACUCAAAAGGGUUUCCUCAGUCUGGGAACCGACUGCUCAGCCAGAGUCCAGGCCCUAAAGAAUAGUUUGCUGAAAUAAAGAUGGUGUUUUCUCCUACUCUGGUGAGUGCUGAGAAGGUAAGAGACGGCAAGUUGUUCUUCAAUGUUAAGCGUUGCUAAAGCAUUGUUUAGAAUGUUUUCAUAUAAAAAUAUAAUGAAUGUUGAAAUGGCUUGUUCAGGGGUGGUUAUUUGUAUAUAAUAAGUGUUCUCUCCUCUACGAGUUUCUUAAUCUCCACCAGCCAUACAGAUUCUAAAGACUGGCAGGUGCCAAGCAGUCUUUUAUUAUUAUUAUUAUUAUUUUUUGUGUAAGUUGUUUAACAAAUGUAAAAUGUUUCAAAAGCAGUAUUUUAAAUGCUUUUAAAUGAAGAUUUUCUGAAUGUUAAAAUGGCUUCUUCAGGGAUUACUGUUGUACAGAAUUGUACAUCUUUUUCUAAUACUUUUUUACAUGCCAAAGUUAUCCAAAACAAUAUUACAAGGUAGCCACUAUACUGAGCUCUACAGAAGUUUAUAACACUGUUAUCAAUUAUUUUUCUUUGUACUUCAGAGUACAAUAUCCAGGAUGAGAUGAAUAUUUUUCAGUGUCAUUGUUGUGGCAUAUUUUCAUUUAUGGUAAGGAUAUAUAUAUAUAUAUAUAUAUAUAUAUAUAUAUAUAUAUAUAUAUCUUCCAUGAAGUGCCUUUCAUGUGCAUUAGUUUUAUUUUUUCUGUAAUCUCUUAUGGAAUUUUAUUUUCCAUUUUUUUUAUUUUAUUACAUUGUCCACAGAGGAAAUUAACUACCAUUGGAAGAUUGAUAAAAAGAAUAACUUUAAUUUUGAUGUUGCAAUGUUACAAAUAAAUGUUUCCCUAUACACAAGAUGCUUUUGAUGUGGUAUGUUACUUCCAACUUUCUAUUUAAAGAAUGGGCAGUUGAAUAAACUUAAAAGGUAAGGCAGUCGAGUAAACUUAGAAAAGUAAGGCAACCAGCUGCACAGCUUUUUUGAGUAGACUCAACAAAGGGUUUUUUGUUGUGUGAACAAGAACUAAAUUGUUAAUUGAACUGUCAUU